AUGCUGGCCCAAGAUGGAAAAAGUGGCUCACGAGAUUCGAACGGCUACUAUGCGGACUUAACAUCACAGCUGAUAAAAGAAAAAACAGCUUUGCUCUUGCACUACGCUGGCCCUGAUGUCGAUGAUAUCUACGAUACUCUGCCGAGUACUAGCAGCAACGAAGACUACAAAACUGUAGUGGAAAAGUUCAACCAGUACUUCUCACCUCAAACUAAUGUGGCUUUCGAAGUUUUUAACUUCCGCCAAGCGAAACAGAAACCCGACGAGUCCCUUGAUUCUUAUCAUACUCGAUUACGCCAUCUUUCUCAAACGUGCGAAUUUAGCGACCUAGCUAAAGAGAUCAAAGACUAUAUUAUUUUGACCUGUACGUCCAACUCUUUACGCCGACGAGCCCUUCGUGACAAUCUCGAUCUACCGAACCUGAUGAAGACCGGCAGAGCCAUCGAACUAAGCCAAAAACAAGCCAGCCAAGUCGAGCAACAAGAAUUCUCAAGCGUCAAUUCAGUUCGUCGCGGAAAUAUACAACAGCCAAAUACGGAAGCCACAGCCCCACAAGAUCGCGUUUUGAGAACUAACGAUUAA